GGUCAUCUGACCUGCUUGGCCACCACAUUGCUGCUUGCAGCUAUAUUUAAGGAUUAUAAUACAAAGGGUACGGUAUGCAACGAUAUGGUUUGGCUGAUGAUCAAGAUUCCAUGACGUUUUUCGUGCAUGGUCCAAAAAAGGCAGUGAUACAAAAUGCGGCUCUAUUUUUUGGGUUCGGGAGAGCGCAGGCGCAGUUGCGGAAAGUAUGGUUGAAAACAAGAAGAUAUGCAGUGCAGCACAGGAAUUUAGCUAAAUGUGUCUGAAAACGCCAUUAUAUGUAGGCUACGGCCAUCAAGGAGGCCUGAGCAAUAGACAAAAAUACGAAAGAUUGCGAAGAAAUCACAGCGAAUUCUCCGGAUAUUUUCAACGCAGCAAAAAUGGUAAUCUCUCGAGUUUUUGAGAGAUCCCAACACCAAUGAUCCCUAUGAAGGUCUGAGGAGUCGCCUGGAUACUUGUACUUCUAGACUUCGUUUGUCGUUAUUGACUAUUAACAAAACACACAGAACAUUAAAAGGGGGUUCAUUAUGAUUUUGUUAGAAUAUUCCAAAAUAUGUUUGAAUAGCUUUUACCUUGGCACAUUGUUCCUUCAAAUCUGGCUGUGGAUAUUAUGUGGCGUAAACGGAGAGGAGCAGCUGUUCAGCGUGGAGGUGGGAAGUCAUCUUCUCAACCGACUGCAGUCGAGAUUGGAGCAGGCCUUUCAACGACAGCCCAUGGAUCUGGACUAUUUGGAGUUCAUUUGUUCAAGUGAAAUGACUCUGAUAACCUCACCUGAGAUGGUUUUGGGAGCGGUGUUCCCGCCUCCUUCUACAGAGACGCAUCUUUUUUUGCAGACAUGGCUCCAGAGGUAUGGCUACCUUCCUCCCACAGACCCCCGAAUGUCGGUUUUGCGCUCGUCCCAGGCCAUGCAGUCUGCUAUCGCUGCCAUGCAGCGCCUUUAUGGGCUCAACGUCACAGGUUCACUGGACAGGAACACUGUAGACUGGAUGAAGAAGCCCCGGUGUGGGGUCCCAGACCAGCUAGGGGAGGUGUCCAAAUUCAAUGUCCGGAAAAGGCGGUACGCCCUCACAGGGCAGAAGUGGCAGCACAAGCAUAUCACAUACAGGUAGGUGGGUAGGUUGAGCCGGACUGUAAUGUGCAUGUGUCAGACCCAGAGAGAAAUACAGUACAUGCAGUAUUUUCAGGUACUUUUCAGAUACUUGAAUUGGGUUUGAUUUAACUUCUCCAAUUUAACGAGACUAGCACACAGAUCUAAAA